GGAUCUGCAUUAGACGAGCAUUGCGCAGCAGCACAGUGGCUCCCCCUUCAGGGUGCUGGGAUAAGUGCAGCACUGGAUGGCCACAGGCCCAGAGAAGUGUUUCCCUCAUGAGAACAGCUGCACGGUGAGCACUCAGUUGGUCGACAGGCUGAGGGGCAGGGCUGCUCGUGAGUCACAUGACAUGGAGGUCAAAGGGCACCUGAUCACAGCCACGGGCCUCGGAGCUCCAGAUCCUCAGGGUUGCGGGGACAGUAAGCAGCACGCUGAGCGUGUCUCUGAGCUGCAGGAGCGCAGGAGGAACCUCCAGACGCUGUUGAACACUCGGUUGGGGGAGCUCAGGCACGUCUGUCUGCUGGAAGCGGAGCUGACCGGGCAGCUUCCCAGCGAGUUUCCUUUGGAGGCUGGGGAAAAGCCCCCUCAGGUGUACCGCAGACCUGGCAUCGGCCCCCGCGGACAUAAACAUUCCCUGAAGGGGGAGGAAGAGGAGGCAUGUCAGUGGAAGCAGAGGACGGCGCGGUUCCGUGGGGCCCUCCGCAGGCAGGCCGACUCCGAGCAGCCCCCGCACGGCAAGAAGACGGUGCACCGCGGCUGUCACACAGAUGAAGCAGUGAAGUCAGAAAGCAGCUCCAUGUCAGACUCCACCGGCCAGGAAAAUGACGACUCGUCCCCCAGUGUCGGCCCAGAGCGCCUGGCCCCAGGGAGCCCCGAUGGUCAGCUCUGCAGGAAGCUGUCGCCCGUAGAGAUCUACUAUGAGAUGAGGACGCGCCGCAACUCAGCUGCCAGCUCUUCCAGGCCAGAGGUAUCGAGCGGAUCUGGCAGCCAGCAGUGGUCAGACAGCCCCGAAGGCCCGCAAGUCGUGCAGCUACACCCUCAGGAAGGGCUGUCGACUGGGUCCUCAGAGCGGCCGGGCUGCCAGUACAGCGCCCGCACGCGGCGUAGCAACAGCUCCGACGCCCUGCUGGACCGGACCGCCUUCCCAGAUGAAGGGGUGCAGAGGCCUGGGAUGCCUUGCAGGGGCGGGCCUUACAAGAGUUCAGAGGCUCUGACGGACGGCCGGCUGCGGCAGGUCCAGCGAGGCAGCCCCGAGGGGCACCUCAAUGGCCAUGGCGAACAGGGCAGGCUGCGCUCCUCGAUGGGCGGCCGAGGGGGCGGCGGCUACAACGAGAUCCUUAUGGACUACAUCUGGGGCAAGCAGCAGAAGAUGCAACAGAGACAGCCGCCGGCCGGCGGGGCCAGGCCUUGGACAGAGGCUCCUUCUACCUCAUUCCCAGCCGCUGUGGCCCCCCAGCUGAACGGCUUCCCUGCGCCUCAGGCCCCCCCAUUUGCGGCUGGCCCACCGCCCUAUAGCCCCUUGCUGCUGCGAGGAAAGCCGGGCGAUCCACGCCGGGUCAAAGUCACGCGCACCAAGUCAUGUGGUCCCUUUGUGCCUCUGCAACCACAGCACCAGGAGGCCCUGCUGUUCUCCGCCUAUUCGGACCCCCCCCAUGCCGCUCCUGGCUCCACGGCCCCAUACUCCUACCCGGCCGAACAGGCUGUCGCCCCCCCAGCCCGCCGGCCGCUGCCAUUCCCCGGCGGUCCACCGGAGGAGUCCACUCGCAGCCUGCACAAGGCGCUAGCCCUGGAGGGCCUGAGGGACUGGUACCUGAGGAACACACUGGGGCACGCCGCUGCCGCUGGGCUAAAGGGACAGGACGCCGUGCUGCCCCGCCGUCGCACCACCCAUGCCCCACACCCUCACCCCCUCGCACAGCAGGCACAAGCCUUCCAGACGGAGCACCUCUACAGCCAUGGCCCCAGCACCCAGCUGCCCCAGUCCGCAUCCUUCCAUGGGCACCCGCUACAUGGCAGGUCCUUGGAUCUGUCCCUGUACCAGGAGCCCUACUCCUCUCAGAUGCAGGACUUGACACUGAACGAACCCGGCACUGACUCACCUGCUCCAGGCACCCUGGUCUGAUGCACACAUAAGCAGUUAUGCUUAAGGCCUAGAAAGAAAAAUAACUCGAAUGCACAGACAGUUCCAGAUUUUUUUUUUCCGCGUUUCUGUCCUGGAAAGAAGAGCCUAAUAAAGAGGUCUGUGCAGUCUGUUGGUCCAGUUCAUGUGGGCUGAACUGGAACCGUUUAAAAAUUAGAUGAAUUACCAGUAGAUAACCAUGCUGUUGCUCGGUUUUUGGACUGUGGAGUCUUCCAACCGCUAUCUGAUUCCAGGGUUCCGGGAAAACUUGAGCUCCUAUCAGUUAUGUUUUUAUUUAUUGUCUGUCUUCACCUUUUUCAUUACACACUCCUGGCAGUCUUGGAAAUUUCCACUAGUUCAUGAACUGCAGUUAAUAUAUUUGACAAGAGACUUACAAAUGAAAUUCUUCCUCGCAUCUUGCAUAAUCAUUGAAGUACUCAAACUAUACAUGUAUUUAUUAAGUCCUAUUCAGCGUCGCCAAUGUACUCAUGGAGUUCCUCUGUGUGUGGCGUUCCCUUAGAAUGCAUAGGGGUUUAAUCAGGCUUUAUGUGACACUUUGGGAGGGAUUAACACAUUGAGGAUGCGUGUCCCCAUGCUUAGCAUACAAGCCCAUCUGGGAGGGCUGUGGCCAGCAGACCCCUGCUUUUUGUCAUCUUGGAAUUGGUCUUGAAGCAUUCCUCAUUUUGGAAGCGUGACCACGGACAUGCAUUACGUGGAAUCUACCACAGCAUGGGGAAGCCACAUGCUCUUUACUGGCUUCACUUCACCAGCAUUUCCAAAUGAAAUCUUGGAGGUCACCAAUCCACCAGUAUUUUAUAGUCUGAGGUGCUUGGUCCAGAUUAUCGAUUUUCUUAGCCCAAUGUUUUCAGCCCUGGUCUUGGUGACCCAACGUGUUUUCAGCCUCUUGUUUGGCACAUCCUGGGGUUGAUUGAGCUUUUAAUCUAAUUAAUCAUGUGAGCCACGUCACGCUGAUGCACUAUUUGAGGACUUGCUGCAAUGGUGUAAAGACCCAAAAGCUGUUCAGGGGUUAAUGACAAUUGGGCAUUUUAAAUCGUAGCAGGUCCUUGGGGUACACAUCAGUUUUAAGGUUAUUAAAUGGGCGUCUCGAUCGUGGCUCUGCUUCCACACACACCAGCAUACACACUGGGCUUCGCAGGAUCAGGACUAAAAAGCACUGAGUUGUGAUUGACUAAGUGAGGACCAGAUAUUUAUUUUAUACAGAUGUACUGUUUGUAAACGUUUACAAUGUUAAGGAAAUUAUGCAAACAAAAAAAAAAGUCAGAAUCUGGGAUUAUAUUCGUCAUUUUUCCACAUCUCCAGGAGGUGGAAGUUGAAAAAUCGCAUAGAAUCGAAACUCCAGUCCAAAUGCAUCAGCAAGUUUGUUGAUAGAAAAACCGCAAUUAAUCAUGAAUGCUUAGGAAAGGGAUGAUAAGAUCAACUCUGCCCCCUGGUGGGUGGACACUAACUUCUUACAAAAGCAAUACUGAUAUGUACAAUCUUGCAUCACAUGGGUCAUGAGCAUCAUAAUUGAUAAACUUUGGUUAAUUAAAGCAUUUACCAGCGGUUUCUUGAGUGGAUGCUUUGUCAGUGAAAUAUAUAUAUUUUUUUUAUAUUGCUACUGGUUUCAGUUUUCUGAAGCCGUUUGCGUGGUUCUCUCUGUUGGAGAUGGGAAAUUAUCAUCGCCAUUGUUUUACUUAUAAUUAGGCCACUGCGAGAAACGAAUAGUGUUUUAACAGGAAUCCAAAUAUGGUUCAUGUUCUAUUUCAUUGUAAAUAUUUGUAUACUGCUACUCAAUCCCAUGGCAAAUAUUAUGAAACUUUCUCAAUCUUACUGCUUUUCUUUUUUUUUUUUUUUUUUUAAGAGUCGACAGUUCAUUUCUGAGCAGAUGUUUUUUAACAGAUCAAUGUGAAAAUAGCGUAAUGAAAACUGUUUGUGGGGAUCAUGCUGUUUUUUAUGACUGCUCAGUCCUGUUUUUAUUUGGAGAGCGAUUUACAUGAUGUUAACUGGUGAAUUAUUUGGGGCAUGAAGUUGGGGGGGGGGCAGUCUUGGUUAGAUAAUGGGUAGUUCUUUGGCAGAUGGAAACUGGAAGAGCCUGUGUCGUGUCAUAAGCAGGUCUUAUGGCAGUAAUAACUAAACCAAUAAAGAGGGAACCUGUUUAUCA